GGCAGUAGUCUUGGCGAUUUUAUUGCCAAUAUUACUAUUGUAAAAACCGGGCGCCCUAUGAUGGCCAUAAGUGUAUGCUUUGGUAGUCCAAUGUUGAAUAUUCCUUUAGGCAUUGGCAUGAGUGGUACUUAUGUGACAACCAAAACUGGGACUCCUUACAAAAUUAGUGUUGAACCAACAUUGUUGGUAUCAUUAGUUAGUUUAUCGAUAACAUUAUCUUCUGCUCUCAUAUACCUGCCUCUAAACGAAUACCAUCUAUUUCUAGUAUCUACAAUCAUAUUUAAUCCCGAUUUAUGGGAUUUAUGGUAG